AUGACAAAUCUUGCAAAGCUUGAGUUCAUGGCCCUAGACAUUACUGGGAAAAACUAUUUGUCACGGGUAUUGGAUGCUGAAAUACAUUUGAAUGCCAAUAAUUUGGGUGAAACAAUUAAAGAAGGAAAUAAAGUAACUACCCAAGAUAAGGCAAAAGCCAUGAUCUUUUUACGCCAUCAUAUUCAUGAGGCUUUGAAAAGUAAGUACCUCACUAUCAAGGAUCCACUUGUCCUUUGGACCAACCUGAAAGAAAGGUAUGACCACCAGAAAACGGUAAUAUUACCGAGAGCUCGUUACGAGUGGAUCAAUUUAAGGUUGCAAGACUUUAAGUCUAUAAGCGAGUACAACUCGGCAAUGUUUAGAAUCACAUCACAAUUGAUUCUAUGUGGUGAAAAUAUUACUGAUAAGGAAAUGUUGGAAAAAACAUUCUUAACCUUUCACCCCUCAAAUGUGAUACUGCAACAACAAUAUCGUGAAAGGGGUUUCACCAAAUAUAGUGAGUUAAUAUCAUGUUUGCUUGUGGCCGAGCAAAACAAUGAGCUCUUAAUGAAAAAUCACGAGACUCGUCCAGUUGGAGCAACCCCAAUCCCUGAAGCUAAUGUGGCAACAUAUAAUGGCCAAAGUGAAAGUUACGGACGUGGUCGAGGUUAUCAUCGUGGUCGUGGUCGUGGUUAUGGCCGUGGUCGUGGUCAUGGUCGUGGACGUGGCCGAGGAAAUUAUCAUAGUGUGGGAUCUUCAUCGAAUGCAUGUUACCGAUGUGGGAGUAACAAUCAUUGGUCGAAGACUUGUCGUACGGCCAAACACUUGGUGGAACUUUAUCAACAAUCCAUCAAAGACAAAGCAAAAGAAAUAGAGACAAAUUUUACAUAUGGGGUUGCAAAUGUUGAUAAAGACCAUAAUGAUACAACUAAUUUGGAUUAUGAUGAUUUCCUUAUUGAGCCAACUAACUUGGAUUCUGGUGAUAUUGUGGCUGAUACAACCCAGUUGGAUGCUUGCAAUUUUCCUUACAUAUGA